AUGUUCCCAAUGCAUAAAGCACGAGGAAAAACGCGUAAACAGAAUACCUAUCAAAUAUGUCCACCGUAUCUAUUUACAUUCAGUAAACACCGCACAAUGAUCUUAGAGUUGCUCAACACGAAAUUACAAACACUUAUGGAUGAGAUUGCAAUCGACGAGAAUGGAAGAUGGAAUAUUGCAUUUGACCAAUGGUUGAAUGAUCUGAAAGACAGUAUUGUCUGUAAACAAACACGUCUCUUUCCUAGGCACAAAAUAAUUGUCAAUGGAAUUAUCGGUACAACAGGAAGUAAUGUACCGACUGUGUGUUUUGCAACGCACACAUUUAUGUCAACUGACUGUGGCGAUGAUUCAGUCGGUGUGAGUCGAAUUAAUCCUGUGUGCUUUGUGGCUGUAUGCGUGGCUGGAUUUGCACAAGACUGAAGACUUUUUAAGUUUGUUCAGUGGAGACGAAGUGAUUUAUACCUGCAACAGAUAAGUGAUUGUGUUGCUUGUACUUACUUAUUGAAUAUAUAUGUUUGUACAGUCUUAGAACAGAAACUCAGUAGGGUAUUUCGCUGUUGG